AUGUUUUCAAAAACUUCAAGAACCUCACCCACGCUUCACGAAUUCACAAAACUUCAAUUUCAGUACGGUGCACCAGUCAGACGACGUCUUCACGAUGGAACUUUCAUUGAAUUCAUUGCAAUUACGGACGAUAACGGAAGAUUCUGUGAUUUGGGAUGUCACCGACGCAGAACAUUUUCGAAGAAAAUGGCACGAUCUAUUCGACAACCAAUCGAGGACGGUACACGAUUCUGGAGUGAAUCGAGCGCUCAUUCGGCAUCUCAAGGGAACCUUCUAAGUCCAGGAGCUGGGGGUGUUCCAAACAUAAAUCUGAUCUUUGGUCUGCUUAUAAGUCCGGAUUUAAGGUCCACUAUUAGGAGAACCAAAUUGAUUUCAGGUCGCUCAGGAGUAUCGCCGAUAAGCGGUGUUCGUAUGGGAUGCAUGAAUGUGGCAUCUAGCGAUGGUACUGAAUUCGAGGAUAGUAUUGAGGGUCUUGUAUUCAUUGAUUUGACGAAACAUGUUGAUAUACCUGUUCGUUAUAUUGUUCAGUGGAAACAGCGUGUUUAUGUUAGAGGUGUUUUCGAGGAGAGCGGAUGGAUUACGGCAUCGAUCGAACAUGAGCAAUCCUUCAAAGUGCAGGGCAUGAUUCCGAAUGUCCAGUAUCGUUUUCUGGUCACUGCGGUUGGUCCGGAUGGCCGAUUGGGAAGUGCGGUUAUGAGCGAUUGGGCUGAAGCACUCUCGUUGGGAUUGAUUCUGCGACCACCAGCCCAGCCACUGGAUAUAACACAAAGAUAUGAUAGCGAAAAUGGUGUUUGUGCAUUGCUUUCAUGGACACCAACUCCAGAGCUACCCUCACCAUCGCCGAAUAUCGCGUUCGAAUCCACAAAUAAAAGAUUCGCCUCGUUUGACAGUUGCCAUUAUCGACUUACCUCUAAGAAUGUUACCCAUCAGCAUUCGCACAAUUUUGUUAUGGUUUGUUUCGUUUAUCAGUCGUUAUUAUCACUUGUACAAUUCUGA